AUGAAGGUUUCCUGUAGGUUGGUGAGCCAAAGCGCCAUGUUUGUCGUUGAUCGUCCCAAGGUUCUUGAGUUGUUCGUUUACACCAGAGAUAAGUGCGAAGAAGUGGGAGACGAAUAUAAAAAGAUCUUAUAUUUUUUUCCUAACGAAAAAUCACUGGAUGAUAAGCUGAAUUCUAUUGGAUUAUCUGAAGCUAUUUCAACUUUUACAAAUUCUUUCAAUUCGCCAUGUACAUCAAUACGUACGAAAAAUACGAAAAGACUUUUCAAAAGUUUAACGCCCAGUAUACAAAUUGUAAUUGUUAUCUCAGUACCUUCUAUUGUGAGUUCAACAAAUGAUAAUCUAGUUGAGAAUGAUUAUUUACACAAUGAAAUUAUUGAUUCAGUCUUGUCUAUUGCCUGUGAAACUUUUGAACUGUUCCAUGGAAAAUUUACUGAGAUCGUUAAAACUUAUGAUUAUGAAAUAUUAAAGGCUAAAUUAGAGCACUUCUUUUCUCGAUAUUUACGUACUAUGCUUUUCGAAUACUGUGAUAUAUUGGAUUGUUUCAACGGAAUUCAAUUUAUAUCGAUUGAACCAACUGAUUUUGGUCGUGUUCAUGGCCUUGUUAACAGAAUUGGAUAUAGUUUUAAUUGUACUGAACAUUCAGCGUUUUUCUUUGAAGGUAGACUUAUAUAUUCUACUUUGGAUCUAACCUAUGUUCGUCAUAUUUAUCACUAUUUGAAUUCGUUUCUAUUUAUUGAACAACCAGAUUUAACACAUGCGACUACUAUGAAAACAAAAUCUAAACAUUUAGGAAGAUAUCUUGUUGGUCCAAAGGACUUAUCUGAUUUGUCCCAGCAAAUUAAAUGUCCAUUAAUUUGUGCCCCAGGUUCCCACUUACCCAAUUGUCAAUUAAUUACCUAUCAGGCUUUAAGAGCUGUUCUUUGUUUACUUAUUAAAGGUACUGAUCCUAUUCCGAUGGAGUUUUUUGUGGAAUUCGAUAGAAUGGUUGGUCCACGUUUAACUUUGUUAGCCGAGCGUUUAGCAUCAAAUCAGACUUGUUCAUUUAUGGAUGGUAGCAUCUUCCCUUUACACUUGAUGGAGAAUACAACAGAUAUUAAUUCACAUACUCUACCAACACUUGGCAAUCUUACAAUCAAUGAAGAAGGAGUAAGUAAUGCAAUCGAAGAUUUGAAUUAUGUUGAUUCACCGUUAUCAUCUCUUUAUUCAAAUCGUUUCAUUUAUUGGAAUUCAUCAACUUGCUCUGUUAUGACAACUUUACACUUUUACACUGGGUCUGGUAAGCGGCCGAUUAAAGGGGUGAAAUCAAUUCUAGACGCUAUGGUGAAUCUACGUGAGGAAUUUUCUCUGAGACCUAAUUCAUGGCAUGAAGAAAUCGCUGUUAGGCUAGAUUCACACUGUUGGAUUGUCUGUAGGCGAUCUAAUGGGCGUGAAUUAUACAUGGUAUUCACAAUUAAACAAGAAAGUUUACAUAAAUUAGCGGAAGCUAUACGACAUGUGUAUGAGACAACGUUUCGAGGUUUAUUUCUAUUGGACUGA